GGCCCGUCGUGGGGUAUGUCAGCCAGCGCGGACAUAUCAUGUUAGAGCGAGCCACGACGACGUAUCGAGCGAUCGUCGCCUCACUUCAAGAGAGACUCUCGCGCGGAGUGUCGUCGGCACGCUUCGGUUAUCGCGUAGCGUAGCUCGCGCGUACAAUACGCGCGCACUUCACGGUGUACCGUUCAACGCGGCGGCAGUCGAGCGCCGGAUGCGUUUUGAACGCGCGCUCCUCUUCGUUGUCGUCGUCGCCGGCCUCUGAUCGCCUGGGACCCCGUCCGGCCGGAAGGAACCCGGACGGACGUGGAUGCGCCUCCUCCGUUGUCGUCGUCCUCGCACACGAUCGUCGCACAUCGCGUCCUUCCUCGUCCUGAGAGAGCGCCGCUAUGCUGACGCUGCAGCAUCAACGGGAACAGACAAUAGCUCGGAAAUGGGGCUGAAACGACGGCGUAACAAACUAAGUGCGGGACGUCGAUGAAGUAAUCAGCUCCGUACCUGCGAGAAGAAGAAGAUGAUGACUGCCAUGGCCCGAUUGCCCUGCAAGCAAUCGUCCGCGCCCUCGCAGCAGCCGAGAGUGAACAAUUUCGGUAACAGCCGGAAUCCUUACUGGGAUAUGCAGCAGGCAAGGCAUCCUGCGCCGCCGUACGUCAGGAAUCAUCAUCGGCAUACCGAUCAUACAGGGAAGCGGAAGAGCGCCGUGGAGCUGCUGCAAGAGACCAAGGCCUUUUACGUGAAGAGUGAGACUGUGCUGGACCGCAAGCAGGAGCUGAAGAACAGCGGGCAUCUGCAGGUAUCGCAGUUAAGUGCUCCAGGCGCGCCGCCACCCAGGUUGCUGCGAAAAUGUACCGGCAAUUCGUCUUGCCCUAUGCAGCCGACGUCGCCGUCGCAGUUGCAGCCGACCCCCUUGACGCCGCCCUGCUGCUGGGCAUCGUGUCACGAACAGGACAGAUUAGAUGGGAUUCUGAGUCCGCAACAAACACUGCCACCCGCGCUGCCACCGAAGAGUCCGCGUCUGGUACCGGUACCCCAAAGACGGACGAUUUCAGGGCCCCCGAGCGGUACCGGGGGCGACCAGUUGCAAACAAAGUUGCGCCGCCUCCUGAACACCGACAGCAAAGAAAACGUGUUCUUCCCGGAGAGCCCGCCGCAGAGCACGGUGCAGAGCAACGGCGUGCCGUCGCGGGAGGAGAAGUUCCGGUACUCGCCCGGAAGUCUCUCAUCCGGCUGUCGCGACGAGGAUCGCGUACUGAAUAUUAUACGCGCGCUCAUCGAUAAGUGCUGCAUCGAUUGGCGAGCGCGUCGUUACACGUCGUCAUCGUUCGUUUCGCAGCACUGUGCGCCGCAGGACGUUCGCUUCAAAUUCGGCAGGAGCAACUCGCACUCGCACACCUCCGGGCGGUCCAGUCGGAAAUCGAACAACUCGCCGUCGGUGGAGAACACGAUAUGUCACAAGUCGCUGCCGGAUCUCCACACGAGCACGCGUCGCCGGGCGUCGUUGUCGCCUCGCGCCUCCACGAAAUUGUCUGCGAAGCCGCCUGCCCAUCAUCAAGCUACCAACACGAGCAACUGCCCGGACUACGAGACCAGUUCAGAUUAUUCGGAUCAUAGUUUCAAGCGUGACGCCGUUUGUUAUCGCAGUUCUCGCCAUAUUAGGCGAUCGCUGGGAUCCGGUGGCGGCGAUGCGAGCAGCGUGUUGUCCUCGGGCGGGCGAACGCAGAAGUCGUCGGGUUCCAGCAAGUUGAGCCACGGUGCGACAGCCAGGGACUCGGGCGGUUCAUCUGGACACUGCACUCAUCGCAGCGAACCAGCACCUAGAAUACAAGAUUGCUGGACUCAUAUACGCAGAGACAGCGGCGCAUCUACGCAGCAUUCCACCGAGAAGGAUCGGUCGAGAAAGGGUAGUUACGUCGGUGGUACACUUCCCUCCGUCGUGAGACACUACAGUCCGGACUCCGAGAGCAGCAACAGUCAGACGGACUACAGUCCAACCUGUAACUCGAGGUUUUCCGAUGGUUGGAAGGAAGGUCGCGGCCGGCCAAUCCUAAGGUCGAAGUCGGACAUCAGUGAUCGGUAUUGGCGGCAAGAUAACGGGCGUUCCAGCAAGGUAUCCUCCCGCCCGCUACGAUCGAUGACCCAGCUGGAGAACUUCUUCGACCGUUUAGGACUGGACUCGGACAACUACCAACGUAUCACGGAGCCUGACUCGAAGUCGACGUCGCCGGUGUUCUUCGACAGUGUCAGCUCCGUCGAUUCGGCGCUGGGUCUGUACUCCUGGGUCAGCAACAGUCAAGCGAAUCAGAGCAGCCAGUGGCAGAAUAACUGCAGCAUCGGCAUGGGUAACGACGAGUGCAACCAAAGGGUAAACGAUCCGCCGAGCAUCGUCGAGCGAAACGCGCGUAUCAUCAAGUGGCUUUGUCAGUGCCGCAAAGUGCAGUUAGGAUACAGUUAAACAACGAGUUUCUCAAUGCGGGCAGUCCCUCGUUUCCGAUAACGAUAACGCUUCAACGAGGCGGCAGCGUUCGCCAGUUUACUAAAUGAUACAUUGGACACUCUCCGUGGAAAUGCCGAAUUCAGUACGUUUCUCUACGUAAAUGUGGAAUUGAUUGACUCUUUUCACCAUCCCUUUUUCUCAUUUACUACUCGCGCAAAAAUUAAUCAUUUAGGGAUCUUGAUCGAUCUUGCGUUAGCUGUUUGUUGAGAGGAUUAUUAUUACUGUCGUUUUAAUUUAUUGUGCUUAACAAUAGAUGAAUCUAUGUGUGCCAUUUAUAAGUACUUGUUAUGGUUACAUACGUUGUGCCUUUUGUCAAAUUGUCACAUUGUUGUCGAUUCAGAGUAAAAAGUCUUCAAGUUUUACGUGAUAUUUGAGAAUUGUCGCGUUGAUUUUUAUAUUAGAUUCUAUAUAUGAAAUCUCUUUGGUGAUUUUCGAUAUUUUUGAAGGCACAUUGAAAUUCUUGCUUGUACAUGUAAAUGUUCUCGGGCAAAUUCGUUAUUGCGUUUAGACGUUAUUAAUCUUGUAAUAAAUCUAUGGUACGUUAAGGGAAUAUUUUUCCUAUUUAGCAAAGCAAUACUAGAUUAUUGCAAGAUAUUAGUAAAGUUGUGCAUAAGGAAUGUGAACAAUUUUUAUUACGCAUUUUGAUGUAAAAAGAUAUAAAUUUAGCGAAAGAUGCGUGUCUCCCGUUUCUGAUCUUGAGAACGAUUACUUAAUUUGUAGGAACAAAGUACUCGAAUGAAAGAUAUUUAUCUCGAUUUUAUGAAAACUUAUAGAUCUAAUUUCGUAAAAAGUAAAAAAAGAUUAAAAGAAUGUUGCCUUUACUCUUGUUGGUUUUUAAAAACCACACGUACGUAUUUAAAGUGAAAUAAGCGUUCAAUUGAUGUUGAUAUUUCAUGAAAUUUAGAAAACGAUCGAUAAGUUAUACAGAUAGCUUGGUGUUAAACGAAAAUAGAUGAAAAUAUGAUUCCAGUUUUGUAGUUUCGUAGGAAUUGAUGUGAUCUACAUUAAUGCUGUAUAAAACGAGAACGCUCACUUGUCAUCGUUCUAUUUUAAUAAUGAUUAUACAAAGGUUUGUGCUAACUUCAUCGUAUUAAUCCUCAUGCGCAUCUCUCUAUCUCUCUCUCUCUAGUUUGGUUUUAGUAUCAUACAACGUCAUUCACAUACAGAAAUGGGGUAUAGUAAAUGUCUAUUUUCUGAAUUUACCUGAAAUACAAAAUCUAGUUAAUACGCUACAAAUUAACGAAGGCUAUGUGAAAACUCGAAAAGUGACAUUAUCCCUUGAUAUGCGAGUCCCACGCACGUUAAAUUACGUUUCUGUCAUUUUUUUCCAGUUGUUGCACAGAGAUCUAUUAUCGUACUUACAAGGUAAUGCGUAAUGCAGAUGCAUUGAUAAUCGUAGAAUAAUUAAUUUAAGGAUUGCUGAAUUAUGUAGAUCGUUGUUUCCAAAGUCACAGGUUUACACAAGGGAUACUACGGCAACUUUGUACUUAUCGUUUCUUCAUUAUCUAGUUCUCGCCUCGUUCUCGUUUCGUGCAUAAUAUCCAAUUGCGACAUGAGAUGACGAUAUAUUCUUUGGAAAGUGUGAUACUUGUAUUACCACGCGUGUAGUUAUGUCAUUCUUCUGAUUGGAUGUAAAUCCGAGCGAGGCGUUAUCUGCGUUACCUACUUUUUUUUUGUCAGAAACAUUUCAAUUUUUUGCUGUGCAAUAACCAACGGUAUCGUUAUCCGCACGGUUUAUAGAAUUUAAUCACUGACUUUCUAUUCAGUUCCCUCUACUCUAUGGCAAUCAAAGUACGCGUAGUAGUGUAGAAAGACUUUAGAUGUUGAUGAUGAAGGUGUUGUCACUUGCACGAUUCAUAUAUUCUUGUAAAAUGCGAUUCGUGUGUGCGAAAGGUAGAACCACUCGUUCUUCUCCCUCAUUUCCGAUGGAUUAUAGAUGUUUUAAAUGUGUAAUUAACAGUUUCGCAUAGUUUUUAACUGAAACACAAUAUGACUCGUUUCCGUAAAACGGGGAGAGAUCGAUUUCCCAUACAAUAAAAUCCUGUGUUCUUUUCGAGAGCAAGCGAUUAAACCGGAAUCCUUGUACACUGAGCUGUCUCAGGGCGUUUCGUACCAAGCGCAAAUAUCAGAGGCCAAAUUGAGGAAACCAAGUAGACUUGUUAAUUACUAAAAACGUAGGAGUCUGAUGAAUCAAGCUUCUAAACUGUCAGUUUACUGAACCAAUAUAUAUCUGACAUCGUAAAAACUGUGAAAAAUGAAACGGCAUCGAGACUUUAAGCGCAUCGCCAAAGGAUUCAAAGUCGCGAGCAGAUUACUAUAAGGUGUGCUCGAGGCACUGUGUACAAGGCGUUUAUUGGCGCAACAGUAGUAUACAACUAGCGUUUGCUAUAUUUACGAGUUUCCAGCAAGGAGAUAUAUAAAUAUAGAUAUACAGAAUUUAUAAAGUUUAUAAUCGCUGCUGUAGUCAAUUGUGAAACGUUAUUGCACAAAAUUAGACGUAUGUACGACAGAUCAUAUAUGCUUGUAACGUGUGUACAUGGGCUUGCACGUAUGCAUGUACAUACACGCGCCCACUGAAUUUCGAAGUCGCGUAAUCUGAUUUUUCACGAUAGGAAAGAAGACAUUUAGACGUCGCAUUACGCUGUGCAUUUAUACACUCUUUAGGGACUAACGUCGAAAACAUUUGGAAUUGGAUUCACGCGAAUGGGCGACACUGAGAAUUAAGUUAGAUUAAUUGAGAUUAGUUUUUAACGCCAACACGCAUAAUAGAUUCCGCGAUACACCUGCUUUGUGAAUUGUUAUUAUUUUAGAUCUUAAGCAGGACAUUCGAGAACAAUAAAAUUAUAUAUGUACAGCUAAAUUUCGCUUUACAUUAAUGCGAAAUUUAGCAUUAUAAUAUAUUAAAUGACUAAAUGCUUAUAUGCAGAUGUUCAUAUAUAUAUAAUAUUACUCUCAUUACGUAUUAAGUGAUCGAUUGAAAAGGAACUUGCUGUUCUCUUUGUAUAUUUUCCAAUGUUGUAUGGCUACACAUGUGUUUUAAGCAUUAGUCAUUUUAUUUUGUAAUUCUCUUUAGAUAUUAUUCUGCUUUGUUGUUCACGAAAAAUAUUUUACGAGUUGUUGCGGUUUCUUACAAUGCGUUUUUCUUUAAAUUAUCUGUAAGCAAUCUCGAGAAAAAUAAGAAUAUCAAAACAAAUAUACUUUAUCUUAAAAGUACACAGACACACACACACACAUAUUAGUAUGGAGAGAAUAAGGAUUGAAGAUAUUUGUAUGAGACGUUUGAAUUCUGCAAUGAUUCUCUUGAUCUUUCUCGGGUAUCUGUUACAUACUUAAUCCAAACGAUGGGUUAAAAAUUUAAAAAAGAAUUCUGUAUUUUCUUGUACCGAGGCCCGAAUAUUUUUGUAUAUGUAUAAGAACAGAUGAGAAGAAGAGAUGAAUCGAAGCUCUUUUUGUAAACUUAGAUAAGAAUGUGCACUUACAUUGUGAAAUUUCAACAUAUUGAUAUAAUAUUUUGUGAUGCAUAAUAUUUAAUAUUGUUAAAAUCAUAAAUUUUUAAUUGCUUUUAUAAUCUAGUCAUGUAGAAUGAAAUAUGUUAAACUUCAAAAUAAUAUUAUUAAAUUCCUUCUAUAUAUCA